GUUAAAAAAAAAAAAAAAAAGUUCGAUAGCCGUGCCUUUAGCUAAUGAAAUGGCGGGAACCGCUGGUGCGGGCAUUGGCAGAAGCAGGACAUGAGGAGCAGGGCGCCGUGAUGUCUACCUCCGAGUCUGAGUAUUUCUACCUCACUCUGCGGGAUGCCAAGAAAUCGCUGAACAUGAGGAUAAAUCUCAUGGCGAAGGUGUCCAUGAUCGGCACGGCUCUAAAAUCCAGAGGCUCCGAUUAUGUUCUCGUACUAAGGCUAGUUGACCGAUAUGAAUCUCAUCCUGGCCUGUCUGUGAACCUUUUUGCCGAUAAUCUGGACAAACUACCACAAGUCAGGUCUACUGGAGAUAUAAUCUCCCUUCAUCAUGUAGAGAUGAAAGUUAAUAAUGGAGAGUUUUUUUGCACUUUUAAUGGAAAGUUAUCUUCAUUUGCCUUAUUUAAUGGCGAAGCUGUUAUGGACUUGUCUCCCUACCAAAGGUCAAUUAAUUAUCAAGCUGCAGAUAAUGAUAGAAAGUUUUUAAUGCAAUUGAGGACAACUUCAGAAAAUCUUCAACCAGAACAAGUCUUAGGCGAGCCCAUAGCAACAUUAUUCUGCAAUCUAAAAGUGGAGGAAAAUCUCACUAUUGUGUGCAAGGUCCUUCAUGCAAGUGAAACUUCUGCUGGGGAUCUGGUAUUGUUUGUGUGGGAUGCAACGGAUUCUCCUCUUGUAACUCUGCAGAUAGAUUUAGACAUGGAAGGACAAGGGCAAAAUCUUUUGCAUCCUGAAGUGCCUCUUUUGUCAAGAGAGGCGUAUGCGUUCCCGCCAGUUGGGACAAUCAUCAGACUAACCGUUAGCAAAGACAUCCAAAAUAUAUCGCAUAUAAAAGGCGUUGGUUAUUGGGUUAAGUUGGGAAAUGUUGUUUUUGAGCUGCAAUCAGGCCUAUGGAAAGGUGCUCUUACACCUGACAGCUAUGUUCAAAUUUUGUCCGAUGAAGAUUACGAAGUACAAUGCCAUCAAAGGAUUUUUAUUUAUCGUAAUUCAUCCAAAGUGGAUCGCUUACCUUUAUCAAUCUUUCCAUGGCCAUCCGAUGUAACAGAAACAGAUUUGUCUUAUUCUUCAUAUUUGACUUUGAUGGAAUCUCUUACUUAUCCAGAGGUCUUCACAAGUGCUAAACUUUUAUUUGAUCUUGAAUUUGUUCACCUGAAUUUGCUAAUGAUACAUAAGUUUAGGACUGUUGUUCGAGUGGUUACGUCAUGUCCUUGGCAAGCAAAGGACCUUUGUACUCCAUCAACUGGAAAAUACCGCAUUCGACUAAUGAUUGAAGAUUCUACUGCAAGAAUUCAUGCUUACAUUUUUGGAGAAGACGGGGAGAAAUUUUUUAAUGGUUAUCCACCAAUUGAUGUAUUGACUGAGAAAAUGUACAAACUGCUCGGCAUAAGUGGUAGUCCAGUUCUAAGGAAUCCGCCAUGGGUAUGGUGCUGCCUAAAGUCUUAUUACCUUGAUGAAAAUGAUCCAUGGGGAAGUAGAAGAUACAGAAUUUUUGGAACUAGGCUAAUAUGAUGAACACUUUGUCUGGUAUCAAGCAUCAGUUAUACCAGUCCUCAGGUGAUCAGGAGAGAGAACUUUGAAAGUGUAAUUCAUGUACUAUGACACAUAUUCUUGGAUAUGGAACUUGAUUUAGACUUUGGUCGGGCUACAAGUGAGGUUGACUGGAACAUUCUGUUACCACUUAAAAUGAAUAGUUAUAAAUGCCUUCGUCAUGUAACAUUCAUGAAAUACUUCUGAUAUAACGAUAAGAAAAGUUUUCUGAACUUAAAUCUUGUAACAGAUUUUCUCUAAAAAUAAGACGUUAUGAAGUCUUCCAUA